AGCCACUGGAGUCAGAGGAGCAGGGAGCAGAGGGAGCUCCAGUCAGAGCCGGAGCUGCAGCCAGGGCUCCAGGGACCAGAACUUUUCUCGGGGACAGCGUGGGCACUGCACCUCACCUGGUCCUCGCCCACCUUUCACCUUCAGGUCCUGACCCUCCUCCCUCCUGGAGGCCACCCGUGCCACCCACCACCCCAGCAGGGGAGAACAAACUUUCUUAGGGAAAUCACCUCCACUGCAGGGACGGGGAGGAGCAGGCGGCCGGACAGACAGAUGAACAGAUGGACAGGGCAUCUGCGAGCCUGUCCUCCCAGGCCUGCCUCUGAGAGUCAGCAGCAGAGUGAGCAGCUGAGGGGCCUCAGGCACCACGAGGGGCAGCGAGGGGCCCUGCCGGACCUUUGUCCACCAGCCAGCCACUUCUGAGUCCCGGUGGCUGGCAGCUGCUUCCCCAGGCCCAGCCCCGUGGCUGGCAGCCCUGCGGGUCAGGACAGCAGUUCCCAUCAGCCAGAGCCACAGGCUCUUCCACCCACCGAGGCGACGGGUAACCUGAGUGAAAAGGCACAGGUGGCAGGUGGGCAGGCGCGGGGUCCUGAGGCCAAUGGGCUACUGACCCUGGAGCACGCUGGCUCGGGGACCCCUGCCCAGACAAGAGACGAUGCUGCUGAGGCCACCACCAGCCACCCCUGCCCUGUCCUGGAGCUGCCUCCAGCCUGGCCCCUGGGCUGUGGAACUGAGGAUGUGCCAGCCUUCUGCUUCAUCUGUUUCCACAAGGAGGAGGAGGAGGAGCUGCUGGAAGAGGUCCCACUGCAGAGGGAGAAGAUGAGCGUGGGCUGCCCAGAGCCCGAGCCACCCCACUCCCUGCCCUGCUGUGGGCCAGGGACCACCCCUGGGCUGGGUGCAGGCGUGCCCCUCCUCACUGAAGACAUGCAGGCACUGACCCUCCGCACACUGGCUGCGAGUGACGUCACCAAGCACUAUGAACUCGUCCGGGAGCUGGGCAAGGGCACCUAUGGGAAAGUUGAUCUGGUAGCCUACAAGGGCACAGGCACGAAGAUGGCACUGAAGUUUGUAAACAAGAGCAAAACCAAGCUGAAGAACUUCCUGCGGGAGGUGAGCAUCACGAACAGCCUCUCCUCCAGCCCCUUCAUUAUCAAGGUCUUCGACGUGGUUUUUGAGACAGAGGACUGCUACGUCUUCGCCCAGGAGUACGCGCCCGCUGGGGACCUGUUCGAUAUCAUUCCUCCUCAGGUACCUGGGUGGGGGCUGAGGGACAGGAGAUGGUCGUCUGGGUCCCCAAAGUGUGAGAGCCUGGGAGGAGUCAGACCACUCGUUUAAUCAUUUAUUGAGCACCUACUGUAUGCCUGUCACUCUUUGGAGGGUUGGGGAUACACAGCAAACAAGAAAAGAGGUUCCUGCUCUGGUCCUAGUGGCAGAAACAGACACUUCACAAUUAGCCGGAUGACACACUGAGAUGAGGAGCAGCCUGAGUGAUGGGACGAAGUUCAACAGCCCCCCUCCUCCACAGCUGCAUAGGAACACGUGGGGACACAAGAGGAGAGGUGGCAGGGCCAGGAGAGGCUUCCCAGAGGAGGUGACUUGGAGUGGGCAGAAUGCCGGGGGACUCCAGGCACCUGGCUUUACAGGGUCUGAAUCUGCUCUGCGGACUACUGGAUAAGUGACAAGUCCUCUCAGAGCGUCAGAAUAAGGGAAAUGGGCAGAUAGCAGCCCCAAGCAGAGCUGAGUCAGUGCGGGGCAGAGCGCUUAGCACAGCACCUGGCCCAUAACUAUACCUAUAGUU